CGCCGCCGAGGGCGAGGGAAGGUAGGAGGCGGGCGCAGCCCCGGGCAGCCCGACGGGGCGGCCGGGCGGGAGGAGAGCCAGGCGGGCGCAGCGAGGGCGCUCCGGCGGGCUUCGAUGGCGGGGCCGGAGGAGCCGCCCUGGGGAGUCCCCGGCCGCGCGGAGGCGGCGCCCUCCUCCCCCGAGGCGAGCGGCGUCGGGGGCGAGCGGCUGGUGCUCAACGUGUCCGGGCUGCGCUUCGAGACGCUGCCGCGCACGCUAGCCGCCUUCCCGGACACGCUGCUGGGCGACCCCCGGCGCCGCGCGCGCUUCUUCGACCCGCUGCGCAACGAGUACUUCUUCGACCGCAGCCGGAGCAGCUUCGACGCCGUGCUGCACUACUACCAGUCGGGCGGCAGGCUGCGCCGGCCCGCGCACGUGCCCCUGGACCUCUUCGUGGAGGAGCUGCGCUUCUACCAGCUGGGCGAGGAGGCCAUCGGCGCCUUCCGCGAGGACGAGGGCUUCAUCGCCGAGGAUGAGAGGCCGCUGCCCACGAAGCCCUUUCAGCGCCAGCUGUGGCUCCUCUUCGAGUACCCGGAGAGCUCGGGGCCCGCGCGGGGCAUCGCCAUCGUCUCCGUGCUGGUCAUCCUCAUCUCCAUCGUCAUCUUCUGCCUGGAGACCUUGCCCGAGUUCCGCCUGGAGAGCAAGGGCGGCAGCUACGGAGAGGAGCCCCCCAGGGACCCUCUGCGUGAGGACGACUUGCUCUCACUGCAGUUCGAUGGAGGGACCCCGUUGCCCGUGCGCCCACCGUCCAGCGUUCGCCCCUUCUUCACGGACCCUUUCUUCCUCAUCGAAACGCUCUGCAUCAUCUGGUUCUCCUUCGAGCUGCUGGUGCGCUUCUUCGCCUGCCCCAGCAAGUCCGAGUUCUCCAGGAACAUCAUGAACAUCAUUGACAUUGUGGCCAUCAUCCCUUACUUCAUCACGCUGGGGACGGAGCUGGCUCAGGAGCAGCAGAAGAGGGAGCAGCCGCAGGGCAGCAGUAGCAGCAGCAGCAAUGGAGGCCAACAGCAAGCCAUGUCCUUGGCUAUCUUGAGAGUCAUCCGCCUGGUCAGGGUCUUCCGGAUCUUCAAGCUCUCCAGGCACUCCAAGGGGCUGCAGAUCUUGGGGAAGACCCUGCAAGCCAGCAUGAGGGAACUGGGCCUCCUCAUCUUCUUCCUUUUCAUCGGAGUGAUUCUCUUCUCCAGUGCCGUUUAUUUUGCUGAGACCGAUGACCCGGAAUCUUUGUUCACUAGCAUCCCAGAUGCUUUCUGGUGGGCAGUAGUGUCAAUGACCACGGUGGGCUAUGGAGACAUGUACCCGAUGACAAUCGGGGGCAAGAUUGUGGGGUCGUUGUGCGCCAUUGCCGGCGUGCUGACAAUCGCCCUCCCGGUGCCUGUCAUUGUCUCCAACUUCAACUACUUCUACCACCGAGAAACUGACCAAGAGGAGCAGUCCCGUUAUACUCACGUCACUUGUGGACAGCAGCAGUCUCCUUCUUCGGAGCCCAAGAAAGGCGACAGCAACCAGACACUCAGUAAAUCCGACUUUCUGGAGGCAGAAGGUUUAGAAUCUGCAAAAUACUCCAACUUUAUUCCAACCAGCAACCACGCCUGUAAAGAGAACAAGCUGUUGACGGACGUGUGAUCACUUCCAUCGCCCUCAGUUGAACCUGCCAGCUUCAAGCUGUGCAGACGAAAACUGCAGCUGAUCAUCUUUGCAUUGGAGAAGCAGGAGAAUGACAACACUUCUUUGCCUGAAUGGAAACGAUUUGUGCUCCUUGGAAUAAAAGCUGCUGUGUGAUUUGGACACGGACUCCCUCAUUUAUGUUGCUUCAUUGACUUCUGUAAUAAGUUGCUUAAUUUCCUUCCCCCAUCAACGGGGCGUUGACCUGUUGUGUAUCCGUUAUUUAUUUAUUUUUCUGGGGGCGGAGAAGAUUUCAUUCCAGCGGUUGCCUGCGGAUGGAUCGUAUUAUCUUAUCUACUCUCAGAAGCAAAAGCAAUAUGCCACAUCAAGUAUGCAAUUAGGCUAGGAAUUGCUACGCCCUCGAGUUCCACUGCCAGCCUUACAUUUCUUACAGCCACAUCAGCCACUGGCUAAUGCCUUUGAGUAAUGAAAGCUGUUGUCCAGAAUUUGCAGCGUGCAAUUUCACAAAUUUUCCUUUGUAUUCAUGUCAUGUCGUGUCAUGUUGCGCUUGUUUGUGAAUACACACAGCUCGGAGAAGCUCGUUUAUUUGCGACGAAAGUCUAUGAUCAACCAUGCUUGGUCUAAAAAUAGGAGGGGCUCAUGAUAUUUUUGCUGAUUUCCCUGAAGGUUGAUUUUGCAAGCUGCCCUUUCUUUGCCUUCUCUUAGGCUGGAGCAGCUGGAAUUUUGCUUCCAGGGGCUGCCUGCCAACACCAUCCAGUCUGCUGGAACAGGCCUGUGAGAAAGAGUGGAUGAAAAGGAGCGCCGUAGGCCGUGAGUUUAAAAGUUUAACAGGUGCACGCUGAAAAAUAUUAGUGGUGUACCUGUUAAAACUUUUAAACUCAUUUCAUCCCCCCCUCCCGCAGAAAACAUGCUUGGAGACUAGAUGGUUCUUUUCUAGUAGAAAGGAAAAAAGUAAAGUAAUUGGAAUGAAAUGUACGUGGAAUUCUCUGCGUUAGGGGUUGUAUGCAGUUCGUUGGAUCAGAAGGAAAAACAUAACGCAAACAAAAUGAGGGCUGACAGUGGGUUGUCUACACACCAUUCAGAUGUUCUGACAUGUACAAAUGAAUGCAGUGUGUUGGUGUGAAAGUGGCUGCCAUAGCAAGUUCUGCCCUGGACUUAAGCACGUUCGUUUUAAAGUCUGAAAAGGCUCCUGUGCAUACAACUGUUCCUAAAGUGAGCUUUCUCCAAUUGCCCAGGAAUCCUGCUUUUGUGUUGUAGGCAUGGGGGAAGGGGCUUAUAAACGAAUGCAAGUACGUAGGCCUGUUGCUGCUGCGAUGCCCCUCCUUUCGUUCACUGUGCCAAAGUGCUAAUAGCCUCUCAGCAAACUGAGUGCUGGCAUGCAUUAUAAGCCUUGCCCUUUCUGACAUGCUUCCAGUAGACUGCCUACCUUUACAAAAAAAAACAUUUAUUUUUUUUAAAAAGCAUCAUCACGGGUACCUUUUUUGAAAAUGCAUGUGCCAUACAUGCAUUCCCGAGAGAGCCAAGGGUUUCCUUCAGUGGAGCAUACAUUCAUGGGCCAAGUGCACGUUCUGGGGUGGGGGGUGGGGGAGCCCAGGUGGUUUGCUGGCAAAUGACCCCAAGAAAAUGAGUGUAUGAGUGAAAGAGACGAGGAGAAAAACACCAUAAAUAAUGGAUUGUGUAGUAUUCCAUUAAGAUAAGUAAUAUGCAAAACAGUUUACAUAAUUUAACAACGUGAGAGGUUUUGCAGCUCAUCCCUGAGUGAGGCACUAGAACACUGGAAAAAGUUAUUUUGAAAGCCAUAGAAUCAUAGAGUUGGCAGGGACCCCAAGGGUCAUCUAGUCCAACCCCCUGCAAUGCAGGCAUCUCAGGUAAAGCAUCCAUCACAGGUGGCCAUCCAACCUCUGCUUAAAAACCUCCAAAGAAGCAGAGCCCACCAUCUCCCAAGGGAUUCCGUUCCACUGCCAACCAGCUUUUCCCGUCAGAAAGUUUUUCCAAAUGUUUAGCCGGAAUCUCCUUUCUUGUAAUUUGAAGCCAUUGGUUCGAGUCCUACCCUCCAGAGCAGGAGAAAACAAGCUUCCUCCAUCUUCACUGUAGCUAUUUGAAGAUGGCUAUCAUAUCUCCUAUGUCUGUUUUUGAGGAAGCUACCCAGAAUUGACUGAAUGCUGAAAAAUUUGCGGGUUUGGAAAAAGAAUCUACCUCGAGACAUUGAGAUAAAGCAGAAAAAACCUGAGUAGAUUCCUGCCAGUGUUGCUUGAGGUCUAAGGUGGUUUAACAGAUGACAAGGGCAUAAGACAAAAUUGAACCCUAUACUAUAGUAUUCUUAUUUAUUUAUAAAAAAAAUGUAUAUUACCACUAUAUCAUAAAAAAAUACCAAAGUGGUUUACAACAGUAACUAUAUCUAUAAUAAACACAUGCGCAAAAUUACAACCAGAGAAAAUGUAAGGUUCUAUUCUUUAGGGGAAAAUAAUCAGAUGCACACAAAUAAGAUGGGGGACACUCGGCUUGCCACUCGUACAUGUGAAAAGGA